UUUAUUCACACAAGCGCAUAAACAAAGAGUUCAUGGUGAAAAUAUUUCACGAAAAAUUAUUUUUAUUUGUUUGUUAGUGUUUUAAAGACUAAAAAAUCCAGUACUAAAAGUAGCUUAUUUUUUGGAAACUUCAUCCACUGUUUUCUUUUUAAAAAAUACGUGUUAUCUCAUAGUCUUGAGCGUGGGUGCAUUGCUGGGUUUUUUUUAUUUCUCAUUUUGUUUAGAACUUAUUUUUUUAAUAAAUUAUCAAAGCAAUUUCAUGUAAGUUGUUGACAUAAAAUGUUCUAGCUACUCAUUAACACGUCCAUUUUUCAAUAAAAAUCUACCAACGAUCCAACAUUUAUAGCCAAGCCGGUUUAUUAGUUUCUUUUGCCAUUUGAUGACGAAGAAAAAAGAAUCGUUCGAUUUCAUUGUGUUCCAAAUCACAGAUUCGAACAAUUCAGAAAACCACUUCCUAAAUCUUUGUUGUGAAAGAUAAAAAUGGCGCACAAAAAUGAAGAAACUCGAUAGACAACGGGAUAAAAAUGCUAUUUAUCUUAACAAGCGUUUUAUAUUUCGUGUUGAAUAUAUACAAUACAGCUGAAGGAACAUCGUCUUUUCUUCUCUGUUACAAAGAUGGCAAACAUGAUGUAGAAUAUAUCAAUGGCACUACCAUCAUCCAAUGCAAAGAAGCCUGCAUUAGUUUUGAUGAUGUUUGUUUUUGCAAAGAAAAUUUCAACUGGAAAUAUCAACAUAUUUUGGCGUGGGGAAACAAAACUUGCAAUGAUUUUGCUUGUGAUAAGAAUAUUGCCAUAACAGAUGCCCACUCAACUGCAUUAGUUUGUCCAAAUCCUAAAGAUACACUAGUCUUUGACAUCACCACAUGGAUGGAACUAAAACAAUUUAUCAAUUUCUUAUACUUCAUUCCCGGACAAGUAAUAGAUGUGUUCACAAAAUUUACAAUUGACAUUGCAUACACUGAAGCAAUUGAGAAUUCUUUCAAGUGUGAUUUUGGUGAUGGAUAUCAAAUUGAGCUCUCUACACCAACUUGUAAUCAUAUCUAUUCUUUGCCAGGAGUUUACAAUGCCACUGUUGAAGUUUUAAGUUCAAAAUUUCCAAGUUUUUUAGUUAGUGUGAAAGUAACUGUGAAGUUACCUUUAUCAAGUGUAAUUCUAGAAUCUUGCAGUUCAAGUUAUGUCAUUAUGAGUAGAAGUGGAACUAAAUUUAACUGUACUGGCUUAAUUAAAAGUGGAAGUGAUAUAAAAGUUGCAUGGGAUUUUCAGGAAAAUGGUAUUGAAACAUACAACGUAACCUCUGCCAGUAUGUUUGUCACCAAUCCAGCACCAUGUAUAUUUUCAUGUGACAGCAGUCUAAUACGAACAGAACUACUACCGUCAUUAAAAGACAUAAUCAGGAUUGGAACUUUCUUGCUGCCUAAUGCAAAGUUUGUUUAUGAUGGAAGUGUUAGUGCAGUGGAAUUGUACGGAAGAAAGCAAGGAUUUACAUCUUUUCAGAUUUAUCGCCUUGUCCAUUCACAUUAUCAGCUGGUAUAUACAACAGUGAUCCCAAUUUAUCCUGGGUACAUGCUUUUCGAAUUUCCUGGUAAUAGUCCAAACUUUCAAGCUGGUGACAUAAUCGGGUUUUACUUAGAAGACAUGGACCUGCUACAAGUUAUAAAUCUGAACUCGUCUUUUUUUCUGGAAUAUUACGAAAUAUCACAAAGCUCCAAUUUUAAUUUGCCAGACUUAAUAAUACACAAUGUUACAUUUCAAGUUCGCGUUAUUUCAACUGCUUUUUCUUAUGUCUAUAUUGAGUAUUGGUUUAAGUUUACUGGAUUUCAUGAUAUUGUUUUUCAAGCUACUGACUUGUAUGGAUCCAGUAUACAGUCAAACAAGUAUCAAGUUGCUGUUACCUCCCAUGUUCCUAAAUUGAAACCUGACAAUAACAACAUAGAAGCUGUAGCAACUAAACCUCAUAGUAUAUGUGUUACAAUUGAACAUGGUGCAUAUGUAGAUGUGACAUGGUCAACACCAAACACAUCUGUCAUUCAAAUAUUACAUGAUACAGAAACACCUUUCACGAAAUAUUCCAGCAGAACUAGUGUCACUGAAGCAGCCUUAGAAAUAGUUGAGUGUAUUGUUGUUAAAAUGAUGCAAAGUGGUGAUUUUGUCUUUGACGUUAAAGUGUCAGUAAGCAACUUAAAGCAAGAUGCUGUGACAAAACUGAUUAACACAUUACCUGCAAUCACUGGACUUACAUUCACUUAUUGGGUCACACAUGAGCCCUUUUAUCAACUGGAAAGUGUGAUUCUUUCAGGCUUUGUUUUUCAAUAUCCAUACCCUUUAGAUAUAACCUGGAAUUACGGAAACGGGGAGCUAUAUAAUUUUACUACUAGUAUUAGUGAAUGGAGGCAAGUAUAUAUUUAUUUAAAUCAUGGGCUUUAUAAUAUUUCAUUGACUGCUCAAUACAAAAGUGCAUUUGCAGUAACAACUGUCAGCAUAAAUGUUUACAGUCUCUUUAAAAUUAUUGGUCCUAGCAUUACAUGCAUAAAUGAAAAUGUCACUUUCAUUAUUACAAGCAAAAUCCCUGUUGUCAACAUGACAUACAGCUGGUAUUUUGGUUAUGGUGCUGUACUUUCAACAAAUCAAAUUGAGGUUUCGAACACAUAUCCAACUGCUGGGAUAUACCAUGUAAAAUGUAAAAUUUUCACAGAGUUCGGCAUUGUUGAAAGAUCAGUAAAUAUCACUGUGCUGGAACCAAUUACAGGUUUAGCAAUUGGAAUAAAACCUAAAAGUAGGCCUUUUGCGUCAGUCAAUUUUACAUUGAAGGCAUCUUAUUUGACUGGAAAUGAGUUGUCUUUUGUGUGGUCUUCUGUUAAUUUCACCAUACUCUCUGAGAUAGAUUCUGAAGUAUCGGUAUACAGCAACAAAACAGGAACACAUGAAAUAAGUGUUUUUGUUUCUAAUGACCGCUUCAAUGCAAGCAAAGAUUUUUUCAUUGAACUUAUCAGUGAUUACCUCUAUUUUUUUAAUGUGGAACAUUCCCCUUUAUAUGUUGCUACAGGAGAAAGUGUCACAUUCUAUGUCUUCUCCUCUGGUGCUUUGCUUAAGACAAAAAGCUUUGAAUUUAUUUUUCUCUACAAUAAUGAAACCAUUGAAACAGCAAAUACGAAUUUGAGCAAAUCGUUUCAGAAUCCUGGGACAUACAAAGUAGAUGUAAAAUUAAAAAUGAAUGGAGACAAUGAAUUAUGUGAUUUGUCAACUAUAGUGGCAUGUCAAUUGAAAACAGAAGUAAUUGUACAGGAGCCUAUAAGACAUUUGCUUAUUUUAUUAUUGCCUGGCAAUGGUGAAAAUAUCAAAGCUAAUACAACAAUAAAUGUAGUAUCCAGAGUAAAUCUACAUUUUCAGGUUACCGCUCUAAAUGGGACAGACGUAGAAUUUUAUGUGACGAUUGAUAGCUUACCACUUACAAAAAUAAACGGAUCACCAUACGCAUACAAUACUACUGCUGACAUUGUGUUGUCUAAAACAAUAUUCUGGGAUAUCAAGACAUACAUAUGUUGUGUAAAUGUUUCUAAUAAAGUCAGUUAUAUUUCCAGAAAGUUUUACAUACAAACUGAUGAAUAUAUACAAGCAAAUUUAUUAAUAGAUCAAUAUGCUGAAACUAACCAGACAACAUUACUGCAAGUGAAUGUAACUAAAGGGAGCAAUAUUCAUUUUAUUUGGCGUACCAGUAAUGCAACAGUAAGCAAUUAUGAACCACAUCUUUACUGGACAUUUAAAGAACAACGCACUCAUGUUGUGAAUGUAACAAUGAUUAAUCCAGUUAGCAUGCUUAGUAUAGGUGGGACAAUCACUGUUAUAAUUCCAAUGUCAGGAAUUUAUUUAUCAUGUCCCAGUAGCGCUAUUAAAACAGGGGAUUUAUUUAAAAUAACUUAUGGUUUCAUAUCAGGUCAAAAUAUAACUGUUACACUUUUGCAGAGUCAGCAGGCCAACCAAACAUUGGGUGUCGAUGUAAAUGGUCCAUACGAAAUAUCUCACAAAAUGCGAUUUUAUACAGAUGGUGUUUACAUUAUAACCAUUUCAUCAACUAAUCCAGCUGAUACAUUGCACUUGCAUCAAUGUCCUGUUGCUGUCCAAGAUGUCAUCAGUAGCAUUAGCAUGAUUUUAAAUCCUUCAUCCACCAUAUAUGCUAUGAAAGAUGUUUUCUUUACUGUUUAUCACUACUAUGGGACUAACGUAACUGGGACUUUAGAAAUUACCACACAAAAUAAUUUAUAUGUUGCCAAAUAUCCACUUCAGUUUAAACCAUGCCAAAUUAGAACAGGCUGUGGCAAUGCUAUAGUCAGACAUGCAUUUGAAUAUGGUGGUUUUUAUCAUAUUUCUGGAAAAGUGGAGAAUGAGAUCAGUCAUGUCAAUAUUUCACCUCAAGAUAUUUUAGUUGUAGAACUUAUCCCUACUUCUAAAGUCAAUUAUUAUAUUGAGGUUAUUGCUGUAUCUGCAAUCAUUGGUAGUUUAACAAAAAUUCAUGUUGUCAAGAAAAAUAACAUCCAGUUUGAUACUUGUACAAUGUGGUUUGGAGAAAACAACAAAAAGAAAAUAUUAGAUUGGAAGUCUUUAGAUGUAAUUGAGCACAAGUACAGUUCAAUUGGAAAAUAUAACAUUGCAUUAAAUUGCACAAGCCCUACAGAAAUACUUAACUUACAAACUGAAGCUUAUGUGCAACAUGAAAUUAACAUUAGUAAUGUAAACAGGCCAUUGGCAUGUGUAAAAUAUGGUGAUAACAUGAACAUAUCCGUGGAGGUUCCCCUUAUUGAGAUGAUGUUUGGUUUAGAAAUAUUCCUGGCAAUAAACUACACCAACGUGCAGCCAAAUUUUCAGAUUGAGCGAGAAAAGUAUAUAGUUUUUAGGAUUAACAAAAAUCUGUUGACAUCUACAGGUAGCGUAGUAUUUUCUAUCAAACUACAAAAUCGUGUAAGCACAGCUACUGCUGCUGUCAGUGUUUGUGUUGCAAAACCCAUCGAAAGCUUCAAAUGUCAAAUACCAACAAUUGCACGCUUUGGAAUGAAGUUAGCAUUUCAAGUUAGUGUUAUUUCAGAAACACCAGUAGAUUUAAAUUUUGAUUUUGGAGAUAAAAGCUCAUUGCUGUCAACUACAUCUAAUAUUGCUUAUACAUACUAUCAUCAUUAUAUUGAUGCAGGUAUAUUCAAUUAUACUGUACAUGGAUCUAACCCUGUCUCAUCUAUGUAUUGCAAUGGGUUAGUGGAGCUUAUCAAACCCAUUAGUAAUGUUUCCAUUGAUCAUUCAAAGAUUUUACUUUGGCCCAAUAAUUUAGGUGAGUUUUCAUUGCAUUUUGUGGAUGAGGUGGUGUCAAAUUCAGGUAUGGAAUACCAAAUCUAUUAUGGUGACCAUCAACACACAGAUUUCUUGCCGCUUGAUUAUACUUCUACAGAUGGUAAUCAAACUUUUACGCUGAAAUCCCACAACUAUAAUUAUCCAGGCUGCUUUGCUAUCACAGUAAUGAUAAGAAAUCGAGUAAACUCGCUUGUUUUAAAGAGUAACCUGACAAUUAUAAGCCCAGUAGACAUGAGAUUAAGCGUUUCUAGUGAAUAUGGCAACAAAAUAGAUGCUAUCUUCCGAGACGAUUUUCCUUUGCUUGUAUCAAUUUCAUAUUUGACUGAUUCCUGUUUUAUUUUUAAUUGGAUUGUUACAAGUUUUAACACUAGCGAAGCAUUUAGAAGUUCUGCAGUCACACCUUCAUUCUUCAUCACUCAGCUUGUCAAUAAACCUGGUAUCUAUAAUCUUGCAGUCAAUGCUACUGUACCAAAUUAUCAUUUUACCCUUUCUUCUGCACAGUUUACUUUACAGAGAGGAAUCCCUGAUCUCAUCAUGAUUCCAGCUACUUUAGAUACAUAUCAACUCAGAGAAUUUGCUGUGAUAACAAAAUCAGACCCCUCUGUCAUAUCUUCUUUGAAUUGGGAUUUUGGUGAUGGAACUACCUUAUCAGUAAACCCAACGUUUGUUACUGUACCAAAAGACAACAAACUUUAUUUACAAAAGUUUGAUUAUGUUUUUACCAGUGAGGCAGUUUACAUGUACAAUACAUCACACUUAUAUCUUAAUGAAGGUUGGUACACAGCCACUGUUUUUGCCGAAAAUGACAUAUCAAGAUCAGAAUCUUCAAAAAAUGUGUUAAUCUCGAAAAUAUACUGUGAAAGGCCAGUUGUUCAAAUUUUAAUUCCUUUGAACAAGACACUGACUUUUCAUUAUCAGCAACAUAUCUCUGUUUUAUCCACAGUUUAUGUAAACUGCAGUAGACACCAUAAAGUAUUUUAUAAUUGGAAAGUUUUUCAAAGUACUCAGUGGGAAAUGGACAAUGGAAUAAGUUCAACUGGGAAGCAAUCAAUAAGCUUCACGAAGACAGACAUUCAUCACUCAAGUUUAGAAAUUAUAAAGCGUACCUUAGUUGCUGGUGUUUAUAUUUUCAAAGUGGAUGUUUUACUGGAUGAAGUCAAUCUUGACCAUAGUGAUGAAAUCAAUGUUAUUAUCAUUGAAGAUAAUUUAAAGGCAACCAUCAAAGGAGGUUUUUCACGACAGUUAAACUGGCAAAAAGAUUUUAUAUUAGAUGCAAGUGACUCGUUGGACCCCAACGAAAUUAAUCCGCCUAAUUUAGACUUCGAAUGGUAUUGCAAAAAAGAUAAUAAAACUGAUUGUUUCGGAAAUGGUGAAGGCCUAAUUGAGUUUUUUGGUGCAAAUUGGCUAAUUAAGGGAAAAUCUUUGUUAGAAGGUGUUGCGUAUGAGUUUCGAGUGGUUGUUGAGAACAAAGUAAAGAAAAGAAGGACAGAAGCAUACCAAAAAAUUAUUCUCAUCGAUAAAGAAAUUCCAAUUAUAACUAUCAGGUGCAAAUUUAAUUGCAGAGAGUUUGCUAAUCCUUCACAACGCUUGUCAUUGAUUGGCCAAUGCCAUAAUUGCGAUUCCCAAAGUGCAGUCAAUUUCUUGUGGACAGAUGUGUCAAUACAUGGAAGUGUUAAUUUUUCAAAUGAUUUGCUGACUCAGCCAUCAUCAUCGAAUUUAGUUGUAAGACCUGGAGCACUUUCGGGAGGUUUAAAUUAUAAAUUUGGGCUAAAAGUAACAAAAAGUUCAGGCAUAUCAUCAUUUUCAGAAUACUACAUAAAAACAAACAUGCCACCUUACGGAGGAACAUGCUCAGUAUCUCCUCUAAGUGGAACAUCCCUUAAAACAACAUUCACCAUCACCUGUCAUGAUUGGGUUGUCCUUGUUGGCACACUAAACUACAGAGUGUUAGUGUUUGAUAAAAACUCCCAAAAGUUGCUUUCAUAUAGUCCACAACAAAAAUCAACAAUGAUGUUACCAAAUGGUCUGGAAGUAAACGAUUAUGUUGUUACUCUUAAAAUUGAAAUUAUUGAUUCUUUUGGAGGAACUGCAGCAUAUGAUCUGUCUGUGAAGGUGUUUCCAUAUGUUCAAAAAGCCACCAUAGACGUUGUGCAGGAGGAAUUAUUGAAUAUGACAACAGGUGAUGACAACGUGCUUGACAGGUUGAGUGAGGAAGGCGACACACAAGGUCUGAUGCAGCUUAUCAAUACUGUUACUGAAACAAUAAACUUAGUACAGGUUUUGAAACCAAAGCAAAAUAUAACGAACGUUGCUGAAGAGAAAGAUAGUGUUAAAAAACGAACAGAGAUUAGAACAGCAAUGGUGGAAGUUCUGUCAGAAGUUCCAGUUUAUAGUGUGGAGAACGCAAAACAGACAGCUGAUGCGAUUGAACCAUUAUUGCAAACUCCUGAGGAAGUUAGUCCUGAAACACAGGAGCUGGCAUUAAAAUCAUUCACAAACAUAACAACGUUUUUGGAAGAAGAUGAGGAUUUGAAAACGAAUGAAAAUCCAGAAGAAAUUGCUGACAUAACGAACGGGUUGGUAAAGGCGACUGGUAAUCUUUUACAAGCAAUUGUUAAAUAUGAUUUAAAGAAUAAGACGGUGAACAAGACGGGCAGUAUGGAAGUAAAAAGUUUGGAAUCUCAAAAGAAAGAGAGGCUAGCUAAAAACGCAUUAAACGUUGUGGACAAAAUUCUUCCUCUGCUGCUUAAGGGAAAAGUGGCUGGCGAAAAACCAACAAGAAUCGCUGGUGAAACAAUAGCAUUGGAGUUAUCGAGAAAAACAGCGGGUGAAUUUGGUGGUGACUACAUUGAAACUUUGCACGGUGGAAGUUUCAAAUUACCAACUGGUUUAUUUGCUGAUGCUAACGAAAGUGUUAUUUUAGAUUCGAAGAUGUCGACACUCAUUCAAAAUCCCUUCUCAUGGCAUUCGUCUUCAUUUGAUGUUAGUGCUCCAAUCACAAGUUUUUCCUUUAGCACUGAAAACAACACUGGUGUUCCUGUCGAAGAUCUGGCACAAGAAAAACAAAUUGAAAUGUUUAUCCCACAACAUGCUGUCAUUUCCAAGAUUUCUGUCAACACCACAAGUAAUACCAAUCAACUUACUGUGUACAAGAUUACGGUAACCGAAGUAGGGGUGGCAUUGGUUUGUAACAUAAAUGUAACAGAACAUCUUCACGUCGAAUUAUUUAUAAGACGUGGACUAAGACCUACAAUUCACAGGUACGAUGCAAAAUUUAAGUUUAACGCGACAAGUGAAAUGAAUGCAGUGUUUACAACAUGGGCGAAUAUAUCGUCAUAUUACCUCGGUGUGGGAGCGACUUAUUAUGAUGGAAAUAAUACACAACCGCUGUAUGCUAUCGUGGAGAUGGAACUGUUUACAACUGGUUGUUUAUUUUUAAAUGAACUCACCGAAGUGUGGGAGAGCCGUGGCUGCAGGGUUGGCCCGCAUACUAACAAAGAGCAAACACAUUGUUUGUGUAAUCAUCUAACUUGGUUUGGUAGUAAUUUUUACAUCCCACCAAAUAAACUUGACAUUGAAGCUGAAAUAAUGAAACUGCGUAAUAUCGAAGACUUCCCGGCUUUACUGGCUACAUUCUGUACGAUAUUUUGUGUUUACGUGAUCGCAUUAAUAUGGGCGAGAAGAAAGGACAAUCUCGACACAUUAAAGGGCGCACCAACCUUUCUUAAAUCCCAAUCAUCUCCGACUGGAACAGUAUAUCACGUGUCUGUCUACACUGGACAUCGUGGUGGCUCUGGAACUAGUGCUAUUCCAAUACUUAUUAUGUCAGGAAAAACUGUUGAUUCCCAACCGAUUGUGCUUAAAAGCGACGAGAGAGUACUCUUCGAACGUGGAAGUGUUGAAACUUUUAUUUUGAAAACUGACCUGGACAUCGGAGAUCUUCUCUAUGUCACAAUAUGGCACGAUGAUGGCGGUGUUAGUCCUGGUUGGUUUCUCAGUCGACUUGUGAUCUCAAAUCUCGACAAUAACAAACAAUACGUUUGUUUCUGCAAUGAUUGGCUGGCAGUCGACCAAUCAGAUGGUGCGAUAUCUCGCGUGCUCCCGGUUGCUUCUGAACAAGAAUUACGUAGUUUCGAGAAUAUCUUUCUUGCUAAAACAGCGCGCGAUCUUACGGAUGGCCAUCUUUGGUUUAGUAUAGUAUCCAGACCUCCAAGAAGUAACUUUACCAGAAUGCAACGCGUUUCUUGUUGUUUAUGUUUGUUGUUAUCCACGAUGCUUUCAAACGCUAUGUUUUACAGAGUAACAGAUGAUCGACCUGUAGGAGACGAAAUUGAUGUGAGUGGUUUUAAGAUAUCUUGGAGUCAGAUCGUGAUCGGCAUUCAGUCCAGUUUGAUCGUUUUGCCAGUGAACGUUUUGAUUGUCUAUCUAUUUCGUCAAGCGAAACCGUCAUCUCUCAACCAGAAUCACAAAGAGAAGAAAAAGUUCGAAAAAUUGGAUCAAGUUGUUCCGCAUGAAAAAGAAGGCGAACACGUCGAAGGCGUCACUUUAAGACACUCCAUUGGCAUGGAUAUUCCAUCGCAAAAGAAACGAAAUAAAUCUAGUUUUGUGUCAACAUCUUUUCUGCGUAACACAACGAAAGACAGUACGCAAACCUUCCAAGGUUCAAGUUUAUUUCAGAUCAAAGAAAGUCCUGAAGAAGUUGUAUGGCAAGUUCCUUGUGGAUCUAGCUCGACCAUAACCCCAUCGCUCUCCAUACCAUCAAAGCAAGAUGCUGUAACCAUAUCCAGUGUCAAUCUUUCUGCAAUGUCUCUACAGCUGCCCGAUCAAGUUAAGUAUUGGCCUGGAUGGGUAAAGUACUUAGCCUGGUUCUUGUGUGUGCUGACAUCAUUUAUUUCUGGCUUCUUCACGUUGUUGUACGGCCUAAGUUUUGGACGACGUGGUCAGGAGGAGUGGCUUUUCUCCUUCUUUGUGUCAGUUUUUUCAGAUAUUAUUUUCAAUCAACCGAUUAAAGUGGUUAUACUGGCAGCUGUAGUAACUAUUGUUCUCCGUAAACUUAAAGAUGAAUACAUUCAAACAGAAAUCGAGAAUUACAAAAAUUUCGAGUACAAUACUGACGAGGAUGAGACGACGCGCUUCGUGCAUCACAUAGACCGCCCUGUUCCGCCCAGUCUGUCGUAUAUAAAAAAGACCAGAAAGAAAAGGUUAUACGAAUCCAAGAUGGUGGACAUUGUACUGGAGAUUACAUUUUACGUCAUUUACUUAUCGCUGUGCUUGUUAAUAACGUACGGUCACCGAGAUCCAGACGCGUACGCGAUGACAAAUAACAUUGAAAACAUUUUCAUCAGAAACAAAUUUGAAGAGAUUACUUCGAUUCCGGAUUUUUGGAGUUGGACCAGCAAUGCUUUGAGUUCUGGUUUAAUUGACGAUGAAUGGUACAAUGGUCAGAAAGUCCAACAUGACGGAUUUUUAUCGGAUACUGCGUCGUAUGUUCUCGGGACCGUAAGAAUGAGACAAGUUCGUGUGAAAAAAGAGUCCUGUGACAUAUCUUCUGACUUUGGUUUUAACAUAUCUACAUGUGGAUUUUCGUAUUCCGACGAGCAUGAAGAUACAACACCGCAAUAUUGCGACAAUUGGAAGUUAUGCGGCGUAGGAGAAUCCGCCUUGCAUCCCAAGUAUUGGAAGUACUCCAGUAGCGACGACACUGGAAGCUACCCAACGACUGCGCGACUGGCAACCUACUCUGGUGGAGGAUAUCUUGCAGAACUUGGAAAAACCAAAGGAGAGAUUGGUAAUUUAUUGACUUAUUUAUCAGACAACGCUUGGCUUGAUGACAAAUCUCGUGCCGUUUUUACUGAAUUUACUGCCUAUAACACUCACGCAAAUUUUUACGUCAUGGUACUUCUGCUGAUGGAAAUACCGGCAACCGGGGGUGCAUUGGUGUUCAAACGUGUGUUGACAACCAGACUGGAUCGCUACUCGUCAGGAUUCGCAAUUUUUUUAGGAGCAUGUGAAGUAGCGUUUCUCGGAUUCACCUUAUUUUACAUGUAUCGAGAGUUGAAAAAAAUAUUGAUAUUGAAAUGGAAAUAUUUAAAAGAUUGGAGAAACUGGAUCGAAAUAAUCGGAUUCACUUUAAUAUGGACAUCAUUUGCGUUGCUUAUGGUUCGCUUCGGUGUCGUAACUGUUGUUAAGAAUCAAUAUUUUCAGGACCCGAACAAGUUUGUAAAUUUUGAGAACGCAGCGUUGAGUGAUCAAGCUUAUGGAUAUGUUUUAGCGUUUGUUGCUGUUCUGGUAGUGGUGAAGUUCUUGAAAAUCUUACGUUUCAAUCAGAAGAUGCUUCUUAUGUUUAGAACUGUUCUUUAUGCUUCAAAAGAUUUGAAGUAUUUCACCGUAUCUUUUAUACUCGCUUUUCUCGCGUUUACACAUUGGUCGCAUCUACUUUUAAUGAGGUCGUUACAAGGUUACUCAAAUUUUAUCGUGACGAUUGAAUCAUUAUUUAAUCUAAUGUUGGGGAAAUUUGAUUAUUAUGCAAUCGUUACGGCAGACGAAUUAUUCGGACGUAUUUUCUUUGUCGUGUUUAUUUUCUUUAUGACAUAUAUCCUCCUUAAUAUGUUUAUCUCCAUCAUAAUCGAAGCUUUUGCUAGUGUGCAAGAAAAAACACGUGGUCGGAAGAAUAAGUACGAAUUAAUCGAUUUUUUAACGCAAAGAGUUAAAGGAUAUCUGCCUGCAUCCUUAACACGGAACAAGAAUUUGGAAAAAGCCCAGUCGAACCCGGGCAAUGAUCAUCAUAAAUCAACAGAGAAUCGCAUAAAAAAAAAGAUGCGCAAACGACCUAAUCAAUCGGAAACACCUAAUCCAUUGGAUGCACUGGAGAAAGCUGUAGACCGUAUUGAUGCAUAUGUUGAACACAUGUUAGAGGAGGAAGAGUUUGAGCUCGCUAUGUUGGAACUUAUACUUAAAAUUGUGGAGAGUAAAAAGCAAUGUAACAGUACCACAACCGUGAUAAACCCGGAUUUGGAAAGUUCUGCCGGAGAUUCAUAUGAUGUUUAUAGUACCACAACCAUAGUGGACCUAGAAUUGGGAGAUUCUAUCGCAGAUUCUUGUUGUAGUUACAAUUCGCAUGCGUCUGCAAUAGAGCCGUUGCCUGGACCGUCGACUGAGAUUUCGGCUGGUUCUUUGUCCAACACUUCUUCAAAGACGUCAGACUAAAUCGUGGAUUUGCAACCCACCUGAACUGUAUGAAAUAACACUCCAAAAAGUCGCCCGCUUUUUUUUUGAAUUAGCGAGUCGUUCAUUCUUAUUUAUUCAGACAAAAAACCCCGUGGUGUGAUGCGAUGGGUUUUGUUAUUGACAUAAACCGUUAAAGAUUGUUGAGAUAAAAUAUUGUAAUUUAUAUAUAUAAAGUUUUACGUAAAAAGUUCUAAAGGUUUUACGAAUAGAAUAUUUUAUGACGA